AUGAGAGGCGUGCCAAAUGCACCCCUCGAUUUACCAUACAGCAAGCCCGCAGGAACCUCUAGCAGUGACUCACUUUCGGGCAUGAACGUGAUUAGGCACGGGUUUGGAGGGGCGCAUGGCAUCAUCCCCGCCAUCAGCGACGGCAAUAUUUUCCACUCGUCCGGCGACCACCGUCUCCAAGUUUUGACAACUACCGUAUGUCCUGGAAAAGACGACAACGUACGAGUCACUUCGACGUAUAGCGCUACGAUCCCUGCUACGCGUUUUCCCUUAGGCAGAAUUUCGAAUUUCGGACAGCGCAGCUACCGUCUGCGUUCUCUCCAGGCUAAAACGCAAACUAUGACGGGCACAGCGGAGAACGAGGAAGGCGAUGCUAAGUUCACAUGGGUAUCUCUCCAGAUUGUUUUGUGUUUAUUGCGACUCACCAUGUCUGCGCAGACUGGAACGAAACUCAGCAAGGACGCUAGCUUUUUCGGCGCGAAGAAAGCUGUCCACUGGAUUCCGCCCGUUGGCUACGUUAGGAACCUCUAUUUCCUCGAGUGUGAUGAUGUUAUCUUUUAG